AUGAAGGCCGGGGAUGUAGUAACAGCACACUGGAAGGACUCUGGCGAGUCUCCUCGCAUUUCCGAACUUGUACAGUACGACCUUUAUCUUUGUGCUGGCGGAGACACAUUAGGGUCCCAGGAGAACCUGGCUAUCCUUAUCAAAGAUGGUGUCUUUGCCCGCGGCAACUCUGUUUCUUUCAAGAUUGAUCCAGCAGUUGGCGGCAACGAACCAAACGCAUACUUCCUGAAAAUGGUUGCAUCUGGUCCCGACGCCCAUGUAAUCAAUUUCUCCGAUCGUUUCACGCUCACAGACAUGGCUGGCGCUUUCUCGUCGAAUUUGGAGGAUGGCAUUGGUUUGCUUAGCGAAGGCCAUGGGCAACAGGAACUGCGUAGAAGGCAAGCUGCUGGAGCUUAUACUAUCCCAUACCAAUUGCAGACCGGGCCUACAAGAUAUGCGCCUAUGGCUAAAAAGCCUGGGUCGACAAUUCCAGCGGAUAAGUCGCCAACUCCCCAAUUCCCGACUAGCGCAUACGAGAUUGCUACUGCAUACCUUUCUGCACCUACAAUUCAGACUACCGUGUCGGCUUCUUUAACGUACUCUGUUUCCAGUAUCGAGAAUACUGCAUCCCCUGCACCACAUCCUCAUGAUAAGAAGAUGAAGAGGUUUUUGGAGAGGUGGAAGGAUUGA